GGAGUGUCCCGGGUUGAGGAGCACCAUGCCGGAGUGCGUGUCCGUGUCCGAGUUCUUGCAGGAGGUUCAGGAGGACUGGAGCUCCCCCACCACCUCCUCCUUCACCUCCAAGAUGAUCAGCUGCAGGAACACCGUCUACCUGCUGGAGGAGGUUUUGGACAGCGACCGGUUGGUGUUGCAGAAGAUGAAGAAAGCUGCUAAAGCCAAAUACACAUCAGGACAAGACCACGUGUCCCACCUGGAGCAGUACAUCAAUUCCAUGGAGAAGCUGUCCGUCAACUGUCACUCCAACGGGGAGACGGAGGUCGGCUCCGCCUUCUGCCGGCUCGCCGACUUCUCCAAAGACCUCCUCUCGCCCAUGAAGAACCUGUUGAAGAGCAUGCUCCACAACAUCAACUUCUUCCUGGACUCUGUGGUUAAAGGAGACCUGAGGGAGGUGAAGGGGGACCUGAAGAAGCCCUUCGACAAAGCGUGGAGGGACUACGAGAGCCGAUUUAAGCAGGUGGAGAAGGAGAAGAGGGAGUUGGCGCGUCAGUACGGGAUGGUGAGGAACGAGGUCAGAGGAGAAGAGAUUGGAGAAGUGGAGAGGGAGAGGCGCUCCUUUCAAAUGACCAUGUGUGAGUAUCUGAUUAAGGUCAACGAGAUAAAGACCAAGAGGGGAGUCGACCUUCUGCAGAACCUCAUCAAACACUACCACAGCCACAACAAUUUCCUGCAGGAGUGCGUGUCCACCACCCAGCGGUUGAAGCAGUACAUGGAGGAGCUGGAUGGAGUUCUGAACACGGUGAAGCAGCGUCAGGAGGAGGAGAAGAAGCAGCUGGUGUCUCUCAGAGAUCAGCUGAGGCCGGUCGUCCUCACCGAGCAGGACUCGCUGCCCAAGCAGGUGUACAGCAUGCACCAGCUGCUGGGAGACAAACAGUACGGGACGGAGAGAAGCGGAUUCCUCUACAAGAAGAGUGACGGGUUGAGGAAAAUGUGGCAGAAGAGGAAAUGUUCGGUCCACAACUGUUACCUGACGAUCGCACACGCCACUCCUAAUAAACCUCCCACCAGACUCAACCUGCUCACCUGUCAGGUUAAACCCAGCGUGGAGGACAAGAAAUGCUUCGACCUCAUCUCUCAUAAUCGGACCUACCACUUUCUGGCAGAGGAUGAAGCCGAGUGUGUCGCCUGGAUCUCGGUGCUCAGCAACAGUAAGCAGGAGGCCCUCAGCGUGGCUCUGGACGGAGGGCGCGAAGGGGGCGGAGGCUGCGAGAACAGCGUGGAGGACCUGACCCGGGCCAUCACCGAUGACAUCAGACGCCUGCCGGGAAACAGCAGCUGCUGUGACUGCGGCGCUCCAGAUCCUGGAUGGCUCUCGACCAACCUUGGCAUCCUGACCUGUAUCGAGUGCUCAGGGAUCCACAGGGAGAUGGGAGUCCACGUCUCCAGGAUCCAGUCCCUCAGCCUGGACAGUCUGGGGACCUCGGACCUGCUGUUGGCCAGAAAUGUUGGUAACUCUGGUUUUAAUGAAAUACUGGAGGCGAACCUGCUGAGUCCAUCACUGAAGCCCUCACAACACAGCCACAUGGGGGAGCGUAAAGACUUUAUCCUCUCAAAGUACCAGGAUGUUCAUUUUGUGAGGCGGAGCCACAGAUCCGCUUCAGCGCUGCGACUCGGCCUCCAGGAGGCGACCAAGAGCUGCGACAUCUACAGUCUGAUUCACCUGUACGCUCAGAGGGCGGAGCUGAGCCAGCAGCUGCACACGCACAUACAGGAGAGAGGGGAGACGGCGCUCCACCUCGCCGUCCUAUUGGCCGACAGGACGUCGCUGCACAUCCUGGACUUCUUGGCUCAGAACUGCUCCGACGUGGACGCGCAGACGUCAUCGGGGAACACGGCGCUGCACUACAGCUGUCUGCACAACAAGGGCGACUGUGUGAGGCUGCUGCUGAGGGCCAGGGCCAACACACACACGAAGAACGAGUUGGGGGAGACCGCUCUGGACGUGAGCCGCAGGUUGAAGCACUACCAGUGUGAGGCGCUGCUGCAGAAAGCCCAGUCCAACCAGUUCGACCAUCACGUCCACGUGGAGUACGAGUGGAGGCUUCGCCACGACGACCUCUACGACAGCGACGAUGACUUCGACGAGAAGAACGGUCCUGUGAAGAAGGAGCGCUCCAUCUCCUCCUCCUCCUUCACCUCCUCCUUCUCCUUCACCUCCCGGGCCUUUAGCUUCAGCCAGCCCGCCUCCUCCGCCGUCGCCCCUCCCUCCUCUGGAGGACCCGGAGGGGGCGGAGGCGGAGGUGGUGGAGGAGGCCUGCUCAGUGUCGGGAGGAGGCUCGCCAUGGCCAUGGAGCUCCACAGCCGGCCCACGGGCUGCGCCUCCAGCCCUCCGCCUCCUCCUCCGUCCUCACCUGCGCCUCCGCUGCCGCCCAGGGUCAAAGCUCCCAACGUCCCUCCCCCGCCGCCUCCCGCUGCGGGGGAAGGGUUUGGUGAGGAAGAGGAGGAGGUCUUCUUCCCCCUGAUAGGAAACAGAAAGUCAACGCCUCCCCCUCCCAUCGCCGCCCGACACAAGAGGAGCUGCUCCGAGUCCGGCAAGCACGAUUACGGGUUGCCAACCAGUCCCAGGAUCUACAGCGGCCACGACUCCUCCUUUAAAAAUCCGUCUUCUCUUCUCGGCUCGCUGAACGAACGACCAGAAAGAGGUUUUCGGAGAGCAGACAGCGAGGAAGGCUCCUCCCACUUCCUGCACCCCGGCAGGAAAGCCCCGCCCAACAGCUCCCCGACCAAUCGGCGCUCUCAGAGCUUUGAGAAUGAAAGCCGACGCCCCGCCCCCCAGCCGCUUCCCCGCAGAUCAUUGCCUCGCGGCGCGACCAGCCGCCGGGUGGAGGCGCUGUACGACUGCCAGGCCGACCACCACGACGAGCUGAGUUUCACCGAGGGGCAGGUGCUCGUGGUCCUGGGACGGGAGGACAGCGAUUGGUGGCACGGUUACAUAGAGGAUGAACCCGACCAGAGAGGCCUGUUUCCGUCUUCCUUCGUCCAGCUGCUCUCAGACUGACAUGAAGCUGGUCUGGACCGGACCAGACCAGACCCGGUGCAGGCCCUGAACCGGUACCAAUCCAGACCCCAUCAGUCAGCCUGGAGAACCAGAACCUGGAGCUCAGGAGAACCAAACCAGAUCAGCACCGAGCAGCUGAACGCGAGGUCCGACUCUCAGGUUAUCGUCCCACUCCUUCUCCCGGGACUGGACUGAUCCGGUCCUGACCAGCUCCAGCAUCCUGCCAGUCCACAUGAUCAACGGUCCAGCCACGGUUGGUGUUGUCAUAGCAACCACCGUUCUUAUGCCUUCUGACACCAUGGAGACGUUGCGAAUAUGUAUAAUAUUUUAGGGAAGAGUCUAGUCCAAACUAGACCUUUAUGUAGCCCGGGUCAUUUGAUGAUGUUGCCAUGGAUACCGCCUCGCACAAACACAUCGGCAACAUUCCGAGACUGAUGUUGAUUUAUUUAUUUUAAAUAUAAUAUUUUAUAAACCAGAAACACUUCACUUCAAAGUAAAACAAUCCAAUUUACUUUUAUUUUGAGGUUCAACUGAAAAGCUGUUUUCUUUUGUAAUAAUUUAUUAUUUUGUAUGUUGAAUGUUAUCGAUCUGGUGGAGAUUAAUCAGCACUUUUGUCCCAUCUCAGGCUCCGCCACCGUAGAGAGGCGGUGCUAACAAAGUACAAAAAGAAGCACAAAGAGUUGUGGGAUACUGGAAAACAAAGGAUAAAUACCAGUCACUCAGGAGACAUGAAGGGGCGGAGCCUGAAAUUGGACACAGCUGAUGCUUCCAGAGGCCUUAAAAUAGUGUGUAAGUGAGUAAGUACAGCGGCAAAUAACUGCCACGGUUACAAAAAUGGAUCUGCUCAUUAAACAAGAUAUUUAUUAUUCUAUUUCAUACAUCUUUAUGUUAUCACAACAUGACACCGUCUUUAAAACGCCUUUAUGUAAAUAUCACUUUAUAAUUCUCUUCCUGCUAUUGAAACACUUUUUCUCAAGUUUUUAUGAUGUAAAAAUAAAUUGUUUUGCGGUAAUAAUAAAACAGGCAUCACGUCGUACUUGAAACUAAGCUGAAUGUUUUAUUGUGGCGGCAGUGAGGAACUUUUUACUUUUAUAAACAUCAACACAACAGCAAGUUCUUCGCAGAACUUUUCUCAUCUGGGUUUCAUUUUUUUAUUUUUUAUAAAAAAUGUCAAAACAAACACCUCAAGUGUAUCAAAUAGUUUUUUAUUUUUUAAGUGUUUAGUUUGAGAUCCACAGUGCUUGUGUGUCACAAUGAACGAAGGAAUCAAUCCACGGUCCACAGGGUGCUUAAGGGGAAAAUGUCAUUUUCUUUUAUCAACAAUCACAGCUUAAACAUGAUGAGCUGAAUUAAAGCUAUUUGACUGAA